UCAUUACACAGAGAUGGUGGUUAGUGUAGCACAUGCUGCACAUCUAUUGCUUCAGACAAGGGAAACAAUAUAUAAUAUCAGCAUGUGACCUCCCUGCACAAGUCCUGAGCCAUGUGCUGCUGACUGAGGAGUUAGAAAGGGUUAAUAGGAAGGAGUGUCAGGGGAGGGACUAGAGAGGUCGCUGCUUCAGGCAAAAGCUAAGGGAGAGGAAAUUCAUUGAAAACUAUUUCAGUGGAGCAGUUUGCUGAGAGCGCUGAUGAGAGCCUGUAAACGUGGGUACAUGCUGGGCAGCACGGUCGGCAUACACAGGUUCAUAAAGAUUUGCUCCCUGGUGUAAAGCGCUUAUAAGAAGACACAAGAGAAUACUCACAUAGGGGAUUAAUAUUGUGAGAGGGCGGCACGUCGGUUACUGAACGCAUUUCUAAUCAGAUCCUUUUCCUUAAAACCUCUGCAGAGGAGGUAGCUGAUUCCUCGCUGGCACGUGCGUUUCCAGUGGUUACGAUGAAUAAAGCUCCCAAAGACAGAUACAACGCAGUAUGGCUUAUAUUCUUCAUGCUGGGUAUCGGCACCCUUCUACCGUGGAACUUCUUCAUGACAGCGACCAUGUAUUUUACAGACCGACUAGGAGAUCCGACUACAAUUCCACAGGACUGCGUGCCCCACGUCACAGCUAGCACACCUACAGUAUCUGAUGUUGGCAAUGAUUCUAACUUUACUGACUGCGUCGCUCUGAUACCUGCCCGUAACAAUUUACAGAACAAGUUUAAUAAUGUUAUGACACUAUGCGCCAUGUUACCAUUGCUCAUCUUCACCUACCUCAACUCCUUCCUGCAACGCUGGAUUUCCCCCAAUGUCCGGAUCGCAGGCAGCCUAGUCGCCAUCUUCCUGUUCUUUUUGCUCACUGUCAUCUUUGUGAAGAUCCCAUUCUCACCAAUCACCUUCUUCACUGUCACCAUGAUCAAGAUCAUUUUCAUUAACUCAUUUGGUGCCAUAUUGCAGGGCAGUCUCUUUGGUUUAGCUGCGCUUUUUCCUGCCAGCUACACAACUCCCAUAAUGAGCGGUCAGGGUCUGGCUGGAACAUUCGCUGCCUUCUCCAUGAUCUGCGCUCUGGCCAGUGGCUCUUCUCUGGCUGACAGUGCCUUUGGCUACUUCAUCACAGCCUGUGUGGUUAUCCUGCUAGCCCUGAUGUCUUAUUUUCUGCUCCACAAAAUGGAGUUUUACCAAUAUUAUACUAUUGUCAACCUAAAUGAAAAUAAUGCUGAACUCCAGGACAAGAAGGACUUACUGUCAAGUGGUCAGAAUACCGUCGAAUCAGCAAGCCAUCCCCGGAAGAAACCGUCUGUGAUAGCAAUACUAAAAAAGAUGUGGGUCCUGGCGUUGUCUGUCUGCUUCGUGUUCACGGUCACCAUUGGUAUCUUCCCUUCUGUAACAGCCGAUGUGAAAUCCACCAUAGCUGGGGACUCUGCCUGGGCCACGUACUUCAUCCCUGUCUCCUGCUUUUUGCUGUUUAACAUCUUUGAUUGGGCAGGACGGAGCAUCACAGCCCUCUUUAUGUGGCCAGGUAAGGACAGCAAGCUCCUCCCACUGCUGAUUGUGCUACGCGUCGUGUUCCUGCCGCUCUUCAUGUUGUGCAAUGUGCAACCUCGGAAAUUCCUCCCUGUGCUCCUCGCCCACGAUGCCUGGUACAUCUGCAUCAUGAUCCUGUUUGCCGUGUCCAAUGGGUACCUCGCCAGCCUGUGCAUGUGCUUCGGUCCCAAGAAGGUGGAUGUGCACGAGUCUGAGGCUGCUGGGUCUAUCAUGGCUUUCUUCCUAUCACUGGGACUGGCGCUGGGAGCUGGAUUUUCCUUCCUGUUGCGGAUUCUGGUCUGACGAAUACAUUUCCAGCGCUACCCUACCCAGAUUCUCUGAUUUCAUUGCUACCUCUUCUCCAGAAACGCUACUUGGUAUCUGCUAAGUAAGAAGCGCUCACCUGUAUAAAGAAACAGACUUCAUACCAUCAUAUCUGCUGACCCAUUGCUGCUUAGUGAGAAAACAAUCACAUCCACAUGGACUUGCCAUGGGCUCUUUUUUAUGUUUUUUUCUCAUAUACAGCUGCCAGUCCAUACUAAGCAUUACACUUCAGCCAGACUCACCUUACGCACUAGUACCUGAUGCUACGGUCCCUCAGGGGCGGAUACCACAAGGGCACUCAGAGGUGCUGUAGAUAGUGUCAAGAAGGCUUCAUACAAAUACAUCUGUUUGCCAGGACACCAUGAUGUGACCAUCACUGCUAGUAGUAACAUCUUCUUGUUACAGCACCAGGGAAUGGGACUGCCAUGUAUCAAUGUGACACUGAGGGCUUUAUAGAUCCAUGAACCAUCAUUCAACAUUCGGAAUCUGCUUGUACAAUAAAAAGUAUUAAACUGCCAUGCACUCUUAACCCCUGAACUGCCACAGUGCUGCAUAUACCACAAGUUUAGGUCCUCCCUAUUUCACCAUAUCUUUAGGCUGCAUUUGAAGUUUACAGAUAAAAGAUGGCUGGACAGCCCCUGAUAAAACGUAUAAUAUUCUUUGUAUUUUUAUACAUAUCUAGAUAUGCCUAUAUAAAUAUAUAUACUUCUUUUUUCUAGCUGCAUUGUUGUGUUCAGAAUGUUCCUCUGUUGUGACUUCCUGUGAUUUCCGUUACUAGGACAGACUUAUUUUAGCGAAUUAGCCACACGUUGAGGAAACAAUCAUUUUAAUAACUUAUAAUAGUAACUUUCUAAAUCUAAAACAUUUAUUGUAACAAUUUUCAUGUAUUUUGCCUCUUAUAUAAACAGAUUUGAUUCUUUUUGUGAA